AUGGGCUCUCUUCGCUGGUUUGGCAGUCCCCAGCAGCCUGGAAGUGCUGCUGGGUGUUUGUGGGACUGGGCCGCGUCAAAGUUGCACUUGGAAUGGACAACAAGGUUCUUUCAAGAGGAUGAGGAGAUGCUGAUUCUGACCCACAAAGAUGAGUUGAACCAAACCUACAGUGAGGAUGAAAGAUUUCCUGUUCACAGCAUCACACGAAAAAAUGAGCCAUCAUCUUCACGAGAAAACAGCCUGGUUUUGCAACAUGAAGAGGACCCUGCUAUGGGGGUAAAACCAGCUCCUAACUUGAGAGGAUCCACCUGCACUGUUGGGCAGGACGAUCCAGAUUUUAAAGAAGCUAGAACAGUGGCAAUCUCCACUGGAACUAAGACCAUCACCACAACUUCAGAUGGUUCCACCAGUGACUCCCUCUGGUCCAAAAGUGCUAGAAAACACAACAAACAAACGCCCUCUAUGGAGCUGCAUACUGACAGAAAUGAGGAGAAACUGAGUUUCAAGCAGAACCAGGAGUGCAAGAGAGAGUCCUGCAGGGGGACAACAGAAAAUGUGGUAAAAUGGGGACUUUCUGAGGAUGAAGAGGGAGAAAAAGAAGAAGACUCUGUUGGGGGUACUUUUAACCUGCUUACCAGCUUUCAAAAUGACCAAGUGAGCACAAGUUUUGCUGAUUCAGUUCAAACCCACAGUACUAGUGGCACAACUCUGAAUUCUUCACCCACCAUCACGGCCUGGGAAGCUGGCUGGAACGUCACGAAUGCAAUACAGGGUAUCUUUGUGUUGGCUCUGCCCUUUGCACUGGUCCACUCAGGUUACAUGGGUCUGGUGCUGCUGGUUCUGUCGGCAUGGAUCUGUAACCACACAGGGAGCACCCUGGUGGCCUGCUUGUAUGAAGUGGACCAAAGUGGAGGACCUGGCUUGGGGUCAAGGGUUCGAGUCCGACACAGCUACCAGGAUGUUAUGGAGGCCUGUUGCAAAGGACUGUGGCCAAAUUGGUCGGGAGUGGGAGGAUGCGUGGUUAACGUUGCUCAGGUCAUUGAACUGUUGAUGACCUGCACGCUGUACCUGCUUGUCUCCACCAGCCUGUUGAGUGAGAGUCUGUCAGGAGCAGCGCUUCCCAGAUCAGCGUGCUCACUCGUAGCUCUGAUGUUCCUUCUGCCCUGCCUGCUGCUGAGUGAUCUCAGACCAGUCUCCACUCUCAGCCUGCUCUGCUCCCUGGCUCACAUACUCAUAAGCCUGCUGGUCACACUCUACUGUUUGAGUUGCGCCAGGACCUGGUCGUGGUCCUCCCUCUCUCUGUCUGUGGAUCCCGAGGACUUCUUCGUCUCAGUAGGAGUCAUCAUCUUCUCCUAUACCUCGCAGAUCUUCCUGCCUCCUUUAGAGGGCAGUAUGGAGGACAGGGGUCAGUUCAAUGCAAUGCUGAAGUGGACUCAUGCAGCUGCCUGCGUUAUGAAAACAUUGUUUUCCCUGGUGGCAGUCCUGACCUGGGGGAUAGAGACCAGAGAAGUCGUCACGGACAACCUGCCCUCUAACCUCCGUCCUGUAGUUAACCUGUGUCUUCUGGCUAAAGCCCUUCUGUCCUACCCUCUGCCCUUCUACGCUGCUGCUGAAAUACUGCAAACAUAUUUGCCAAGAGAUGCUUCUACUUCAUCCCGGUCCCAACACAGAGGUCGAGGAGUGUCUCGUCCUGCCCUGAUGGCCCGUGGCGCCUUAUUGCUGACAUCAUACUUGCUGGCCCUGCUGGUACCCCGGUUCUCCCUGCUGAUGGGUUUGACAGGGAGCGUGACCGGAGCGGCGCUGACUCUCAUCCUCCCGUGUCUGUUUCAUCUCAAACUGCAGUGGAGGCAACUCUCUGUGAGGGGUCGCCUGGUAGAUGUGGGGAUACUGAGCCUGGGGAUCAUAUGUAGUAUCUUGGGUGUGAUUUGCUCAGUGAAGAGACUGAUGGAGGGACCACAGGAGAGGUAG